AUGAUGCUGGGUGAAGUUUGGAGGGAACCAUACAUCAACUUCAUCAAGGAUCAGAAACAACCCGUGGGCAUCUCUGAAAGGAGCACAGCAGCUGCUUGCAUCAUGAUAUGGGUUAACGACAAGGUUUACAAGCACGGUGCACAUUCAGGCGUCCGCAUGAAGUGUGUCACAGGUGAAGAUGGCUAUAACAUUCUAUGCAAAAUUUGUGAUAGAUCCUGCGGCAAUCAUGCCGCAUCAAUGACACUAGUCGUGAAGGCAUACAGGGCAGGCUUUUACUGGCCCACGGCAGUAUCAAGCAUUAAAGAUCUAGUCCGCUGGUGCCCUAAUUGCCAGUUCUUCAGAAAGCAGUCACAUGUCCCAGCUCAUAAUUUUAUCACCAUCCCACCAUCUUGGUCGUUUGUUUGCUGGAGCCUUGAUAUGAUAGGGCCACUGACAACAGCGCCAAGAGGUUUCACUCAUGUGUUGGUAGCCAUCAACAAGUUUACAAAGUGGACUGAAUACAAGCUGAUUACCAAGCUCACACUUGACAGAGAAGUCGACUUCAUCUGCGAUAUCCUACAUCGGUUCGGCUUCCCUAAUAUUAUCAUCACUGAUCUUGGUACUAAUUUCACAGCACACCUGUUCUGGGAAUUCUACGAGAACACAACCAUUAAGGUCAAAUAUGUGUCAGUUGUGCACCCAAGAGCCAAUGGUCAGGUUGAGAGGGCCAAUGGCAUGAUCCUUGAUGGUUUGAGGAAAAGACUCUACGAUGAGAAUAGCAAAAAAGGUGGCAAGUGGAUCAACGAGCUUCCACAUGUCGUCUAG